ACUUCGACUUCCCUUUCUAUCUAUCAACUACAUCUGCAAUGGGCUGCGCACAAUCCAAGACUGAGGACGUGGCCGUCACGAACCCGCCUGAGGCCGAGGCCGCCCCGGCUGAGACGGAGCCCGUCGCCUCCGCCAAGGACCUGUACAAGAUCACAGGCCACGAGAUCGACGAGGCUGGCGUCGUGUUCUACGUCGUGGAGACUGUCGAGGGCAACGUCGCGUUCAAAAAGCGCUUCAGCGAGUUCAAGACGCUUGUCGUGGCUCUCGGCAACCCCAAGAACCUGCCAGCACUGCCCAGUUCGGGCCUAGGCGCCAAGUUGCGUGGCAAGCACAAUCCGGAUAUGAUCCAGGAGCGCGAGACGCAGCUUGCCGUCGUGCUCAAGGCAAUUGCCAACGACACCGAACUGGCCGAAAAGGAGCCUUUCAAGAAAUUCGUCGAGUAAUUAACCACGCGCCCUGUUUCUAAAACUUUGUACCAAUGCAAUACCAGCACUUUU